CUACACGAGCGCUGUGAUCAGCCCGAUCAGACAGCCACCCGGCACCAUGGCUGCCAUAUUGGAAAGGAAGUAAGUUCAUUCCCGUGAUCUUCCUAACACAGCGGACUAGCAGCACGGAAAAAACGAAGAGAAUAUUAGUUAUCUGCUGGGGAAAGGAGGGCGCACUCUACUGCCCCUGUCAGACCUAACUCUACUUCUUGUCGAGAACUGCAAGUUUCCGUUCCGUAGCCGUGGAAGAUGGCGGACCCGGCAGAGUGCACAAUUAAAGUAAUGUGCCGUUUCAGGCCUUUGAAUAGUUCUGAGGUGGCAAGAGGGGACAAGUAUAUCGCUAAGUUCCCAGGCGAAGAAACGGUUGUACUUGGGGGUAAGCCCUACAUGUUUGACCGAGUACUCCAGUCCAACACCACGCAGGAGCAAGUUUAUAAUGCCUGUGCUCAAAAGAUAGUCAAAGAUGUUCUGGACGGCUAUAACGGGACCAUUUUUGCAUACGGACAGACGUCCUCUGGCAAGACGCACACCAUGGAGGGUAACCUGCAUGACACAGACUGCAUGGGCAUCAUCCCUAGGAUUGUGCAGGACAUUUUCAACUACAUCUACUCAAUGGACGAGAACCUGGAGUUUCACAUCAAGGUGUCCUACUUUGAGAUCUACCUGGAUAAGAUCCGUGACCUGCUGGAUGUGUCGAAGACAAACCUGUCUGUGCACGAGGACAAAAACCGGGUUCCCUACGUCAAGGGCUGCACGGAGCGUUUCGUCUGCAGUCCUGAGGAAGUGAUGGACACCAUCGAUGAGGGCAAGUCCAACAGACAUGUAGCAGUUACAAACAUGAACGAGCACAGCUCCAGGAGUCACAGUAUCUUCCUGAUCAACGUGAAGCAGGAGAACACGCAGACAGAACAGAAGCUCAGCGGCAAACUCUACCUGGUGGAUCUGGCUGGCAGUGAAAAGGUCAGUAAGACCGGUGCUGAGGGAGCGGUUCUGGACGAGGCCAAGAACAUCAAUAAGUCUUUAUCAUCACUAGGCAACGUCAUCUCUGCACUGGCCGAGGGUUCGGGCUACGUGCCGUACAGAGACAGUAAGAUGACCAGGAUCUUGCAGGACUCUCUGGGAGGAAACUGCAGAACCACCAUCGUCAUCUGCUGCUCCCCCUCAUCCUACAACGAGUCCGAGACCAAAUCUACCCUCAUGUUUGGACAGAGAGCGAAGACGAUUAAGAACACAGUGUGUGUGAAUGUGGAGCUGACUGCUGAGCAGUGGAAGAAGAAGUACGAGAGAGAGAAGGAGAAGAACAAAACGCUCCGCAACACCAUCACCUGGCUGGAGAACGAACUCAACCGCUGGAGAAAUGGUGAGAGCGUGCCUGUGGAUGAGCAGUAUGAUAAAGAGAAGGCGAACGCUGAGGUGCUGGAUAACGCGCUAAACGAUAAGACCGCCUCCACGCCCUCAUUACCCAGCAUUCCCUCCAUCCCCGGGGUGCCUGGGGCCCGCCUGUCCGACGCCGAGAGGGACAGCGAGCUCGCCAAGCUCUAUAAGCAGCUGGACGAUAAGGAUGAUGAGAUUAACCAGCAGUCUCAGCUCACAGAAAAACUCAAGGAGCAGAUGCUCGAUCAGGAAGAGCUGCUAGCGUCGUCCCGGCGUGACCACGAGAGCCUGCAGGGGGAGCUGUCGCGCCUGCAGCAGGAGAACGAGGCCAGCAAGGAGGAGGUGAAGGAGGUGCUGCAGGCCCUGGAGGAGCUCGCCGUCAACUACGACCAGAAGAGCCAGGAGGUGGAGGAGCGCAGCCGCCAGUUUGAGGCCCUCAGCGAGGAGCUGAACCAGAAAUCAAUCAUCCUGACGUCCAUCGACUCUGAGCUGCAGAAGCUGAAGGAGAUGACCAAUCACCAGAAGAAGCGCGUCACCGAGAUGAUGUCAUCACUGCUCAAAGACCUGGCCGAGAUCGGCAUUGCUGUGGGCAACAACGAUAUCAAGCAGCAUGAGGCCAGUGGUGUGAUGGAUGAGGAGUUCACGGUGGCGCGUCUCUACAUCAGCAAGCUCAAGUCGGAGGUGAAGAGCAUGGUGAAACGCUGCCGCCAGCUGGAGAGCACGCAGGCCGACUCCAACAAGAAGAUGGACGAGAGCGACAAGGAGCUGGCCGCCUGCCAGCUACGCAUCUCGCAGCAUGAGGCAAAGAUCAAGUCUCUGUCUGAGUACCUGCAGAACGUGGAGCAGAAGAAGAGACAAUUGGAGGAGAAUGUCGACUCCCUUAAUGAGGAGCUCGUCAAACUCAGUACCCACGAGAAAGUCAAGGCCAUGGAGAAGGAGAACGAGAUUCAGUCUGCCAACGAAGUCAAGGAGGCAGUGGAGAAACAGAUUCAGGGCCACAGAGAGACGCACCAGAAACAGAUCAGCAGCCUGAGAGAUGAGUUGGACGCCAAGGAGAAACUCAUCACCGAGUUACAGGAUCUGAACCAGAAGAUCAUGCUGGAACAGGAACGUCUGAGAGUGGAGCACGAGAAACUCAAAUCCAACGACCAGGAGAAGAGCCGCAAGCUGCACGAACUCACGGUGAUGCAGGACCGGCGAGAACAGGCCAGACAGGAUCUCAAGGGGCUGGAGGAGACUGUGGCCAAGGAACUGCAGACUUUGCACAACCUUCGGAAGCUCUUUGUUCAGGAUUUGGCAACACGAGUGAAAAAGAGUGCAGAGAUGGACUCUGAUGACACUGGAGGCAGUGCAGCUCAGAAGCAGAAAAUCUCUUUCCUGGAGAACAAUCUAGAACAGCUGACCAAGGUCCACAAACAGCUGGUGCGUGACAACGCUGACCUGCGCUGUGAGCUGCCCAAGCUGGAGAAGCGUCUGCGGGCGACGGCCGAGCGGGUCAAGGCCCUGGAGUCGGCGCUCAAGGAGGCCAAGGAGAACGCGGCGCGCGACCGCAAGCGCUACCAGACCGAGGUGGACCGCAUCAAGGAGGCCGUGCGCGCCAAGAACAUGGCCAGGAGAGGCCACUCCGCUCAGAUUGCAAAGCCCAUUCGGCCAGGCCAACCCCCUGUGGUGUCCCCUACACACCCCAAUAUGCUGCGUGGUGGAGGGGGCGGCGGCUUCUACCAGAACAGCCAAUCAGUGGCCAUCAGGGGAGGAGCCAAACAGGACAAGAACAGCUGAAGAUGAAACACUUGCAGAGGUGAAAGAUGAAGAUAUCACCAUGGAAACAUGUCAUUCCAUUAUUAUGGUGUCACCUGCAGGAAUAAGAGGGGUGGAGUCUAAAGCCUAUACAUAUAUAAAUAUUCAUGAAGAGGGUGGGGUUUAAAUCGUAUAAAUAUAUAAAUAUUCAUGAACUGUACAGUAUCACUCCCCAACGUUGACCAAUCCCUCCCCACCAAACACUUUCAACGCUGGCAAAAAAAAAAGCAAAAAAAAAAAACAUGUUAACCGUAAACACAGUCUGAUGCUGAUUUGUCAACUUUACAGCCUGCAAGAAGAUUAUACUGAAAGCCUGCUUCCCCUAACCACAACCUGUCCACACAUACACUCACACACACACACCAGAAUAUGACUUGAACCCUUAAGUGUCCGAGAACCCUUUCAGACCACCUCAAACAUCUCCUCAUCUGUCUGUAGAUCGGCUAGUCAUGCCUGGCAGCUGAUCUGCUUCAUCUGAGCUCUGCUCGUCCAGCCUGAAUGCUGAGGCUGUUGCAAUAGCCAGUGUGGUCGCUGAUCGUAAUGUCGGGUCUGACUGGUGCCCAUCCUGGACAGGCCGUUAAAGUUGUGGUCUGGGUCAGCUGAAGGUCAUUCAGAGGUCAGAUGAAGGUCACUUGUGUCAUCUGAAAGUCAUACUCCCAUUGCUACACAGGCUGUCUGGUGCCUAUGACUGUGUGUGUGUGUGUGUGUGUGUUUUAAUUCAAUGUCACGCCAGUCCCUACAUCUCUUUAACGGUUAAACAAACACACACUGAAACUGUAUUCAAUGCCGUGCUAGUACACACACACACACACACAGUCACACACAGUCACACAGAGUCACACAGUGUGUUCUUUAUAGGUGUAGAUGCUUAUUUCCUGGAGGGGACAAAGCUUGUUCGGCUCCUCCUGCUACUGAUCAGCCAAUCAGAAGAGCAGCAGGACAAGACUAGCCAAUAAGCAAUGACAUGAAAUGUCACUUUUUAUUUUCUGUAUGUGAGAAGGAGCGAGUGUGUGUGUGAGAGGACAAGGAAGUGCAUGCGCACGUACAGUACACACACACACACACACACACACACACCAGUCAGAUCCAUAUUUUUCUGCACUAGACAGCUGUGUUUGUGGCCCACAGACACACACACACACACACACACACACAGAGAGACCUGGAUUCCACUAAAGGAGAACAUGCCUGAAUUGUACUACUCUAACAAACACACUUCACACAGAGGCAUAGCACACACACACUACACACAUCCUAAAGGCUUGCAUUGAACAUAAACACACACACACUACACACAUCCUAAAGCCUUGCAUUGUACACUCCAAAUAAUCAUUGUCAUUUUUGGACCAGAGUUUGAGAAAUAAACCAAUCAGUGAACAGAUAGCUGCUUUUUUUAUUACUAUGUAAUAGUAACAUCCUUUCUAACUGACAGGGGGUUCCACCAAUGGGUAAAGGCACCGGAGCAUUCCGAGAGAGGCGGGACACAGUGGGGAAGGUUGCGAUUGGAUGAGAGAGGGUUAGGGCGGGCUUUGGAUGGACUGCAUGUUGUAAAUGUGUUUGUGAUUAAAUCAUGAUGACAAAUGUC